CCGGCACCCGAGCGGGCGGGCUCGACGGGCGGCCGUGCAGCGGAAGGGUCUCUCCGGGCUGGACUAAUAACUUUGGGACUGUCCGCCGGUGUCACGUCUGAACAUGAGCCUCCUCCUCUCCUUCUACCUGCUCGGGUUGCUUGUCAGUCGCGGGCAAGCUCUUCUUCAAGUGACAAUUUCACUUAGCAAGGUAGAGCUUAGUGUGGGAGAAUCGAAAUUCUUCACAUGUACAGCAAUUGGUGAACCUGAGAGUGUAGAUUGGUAUAAUCCGCAAGGAGAGAAGAUAAUUUCAACACAGAGGGUGGUGGUGCAGAAGGAAGUCGGCAGGUCACGACUGACCAUCUACAAUGCAAAUGUAGAAGAUGCAGGGAUAUAUCGUUGUCAAGCAACAGAUGCCAAAGGACAAACACAAGAAGCUACGGUAGUUUUGGAAAUUUACCAAAAACUCACUUUCAGAGAGGUGGUAUCUCCUCAAGAAUUCAAGCAAGGAGAGGAUGCUGAAGUAGUCUGCCGAGUCAGCAGUUCACCCGCACCUGCUGUCAGCUGGUUAUAUCACAGUGAGGAAGUCACCGCUAUUUCCGACAAUCGGUUCUCUGUGUUAGCCAACAAUAAUCUCCAGAUCCUCAACAUCAAUAAAAGUGAUGAAGGAAUAUACAGAUGUGAAGGGAGAGUGGAAGCAAGAGGAGAAAUUGAUUUCCGUGAUAUUAUUGUUAUUGUUAAUGUGCCGCCAGCAAUCACAAUGCCUCAGAAGUCCUUUAAUGCCACAGCUGAGCGAGGAGAAGAGAUGACUUUGUCCUGCAGAGCCUCGGGCUCCCCAGAGCCCACCAUCUUCUGGUCCAGAAAUGGCAAGAUCAUUGAAGAAAACGAGAAGUACAUAUUGAAAGGAAGCAAUACAGAACUCACCGUCAGGAACAUAAUCAAUAGUGAUGGUGGACCUUAUGUUUGUAGGGCAACAAAUAAGGCAGGAGAAGAUGAAAAACAGGCUUUCCUCCAGGUCUUUGUACAGCCUCACAUAAUACAGCUUAAAAAUGAGACUACAUAUGAGAAUGGUCAUGUCACACUCAUCUGUGAAGCAGAAGGAGAACCUGUUCCAGAAAUCUCUUGGAAAAGAGCUGUGGAUGGCAUCAUAUUUUCUGAAGGUGAUAAGAGCCCAGACGGCCGUAUUGAAGUCAAAGGGCAGCACGGAAGCUCAUCCUUACACAUUAAAGACGUGAGGCUGUCAGACUCAGGGAGAUACGACUGCGAAGCUGCCAGUAGAAUUGGAGGGCACCAAAAGAGCAUGUACCUUGAUAUUGAAUAUGCUCCUAAAUUUAUAUCAAACCAAACAAUUUAUUACUCUUGGGAAGGAAAUCCAAUCAAUAUAAGUUGUGAUGUGAAAUCAAAUCCACCAGCAUCGAUCCAUUGGAGAAGAGAGAAAUUAGUUUUACCAGCUAAAAAUACUACUAAUUUAAAGACAUAUAGUGCAGGAAGAAAGAUGAUAUUAGAGAUUGCCCCUACAUCAGACAAUGACUUUGGACGAUAUAACUGCACAGCCACUAAUCGUAUAGGAACAAAAUUUCAAGAAUAUAUUCUUGCCUUAGCUGACGUGCCGUCCAGUCCCUAUGGAGUGAAAGUGAUAGAGCUGUCACAGACCACUGCCAAGAUUUCUUUCAACAAACCAGACUCCCAUGGAGGUGUGCCUAUUCAUCACUACCAAGUGGAUGUCAAAGAAGUGGCAUCAGAAACCUGGAAAAUAGUACGCUCCCAUGGAGUUCAAACAAUUGUUGUUUUGAGCAACCUGGAACCAAAUACAACUUAUGAAAUCAGGGUUGCAGCUGUGAAUGGAAAAGGUCAAGGAGACUACAGUAAGAUAGAGAUCUUCCAAACACUACCAGUUCGUGAACCAAGUCCUCCAUCCAUACAUGGACAACCAAGCAGUGGAAAGAGUUUCAAACUCAGCAUCACCAAACAGGAUGACGGAGGAGCCCCCAUUUUGGAAUACAUUGUGAAAUACAGAAGUAAAGAUAAAGAAGAUCAGUGGUUAGAGAAAAAAGUGCAGGGAAAUAAAGACCAUAUUAUUUUGGAGCAUCUACAGUGGACAAUGGGAUAUGAAGUUCAAAUCACAGCUGCCAAUAGACUAGGAUAUUCUGAACCAACAGUUUAUGAGUUCAGCAUGCCACCAAAACCCAACAUUAUUAAAGACACACUUUUUAAUGGUCUUGGACUCGGAGCAGUCAUUGGCCUGGGAGUUGCAGCCCUGUUGUUAAUCCUGGUGGUAACGGAUGUCAGCUGCUUCUUUAUUCGACAAUGUGGGCUAUUGAUGUGCAUCACCAGGAGGAUGUGCGGGAAGAAGAGUGGUUCCAGUGGGAAAAGUAAAGAACUUGAGGAAGGAAAAGCUGCAUACCUGAAAGAUGGAUCAAAAGAACCAAUAGUGGAGAUGAGAACAGAGGACGAAAGAAUUACUAAUCAUGAAGAUGGAAGCCCAGUAAAUGAGCCAAAUGAAACUACACCACUAACGGAACCAGAAAAACUCCCUUUAAAGGAAGAAAAUGGGAAAGAAGUUCUAAAUCCAGAAACUAUAGAAAUUAAAGUUUCAAAUGACAUCAUCCAAUCAAAAGAAGAUGACGGCAAAGCAUAACGCAAUAUCACAUGGGCGUGAUCAACACUACAAGGAGCGUCUGGAUUGCAGUGACCCUAUGACCAAAACUAUUCCACUGACCUUAAUUUCUUGGGAAAGUUCUAGCUUGGAAUAGCUUGUACACAUAUACAUACGAUCACAUACUCCUGUCCAUAAUGCAUUUUCUUUUAUUGUCGUUGUUGUGGUUGUUCUUUUUUAAGAAUUUCGGUAUAGAGACUUGACUGGCACCAGCUCUUAUGUAUUGAUUCGAUUCAAUGAUUGAAGUGCUGCAAUUGUCAUAUGGCUAGAGUGCUCUAUUUCUUAAGAACUUUGUCUCACAUACCACCAAGAAAUAUAUUUCAAACUCUCUAACACAUGAAGGUAUAAUGAACAAAAAAACAAAAGCUUUGUGAGCUAAAUGUGUAAGAGAGCCCCGCAUGUUUAUGAAUCUUAAUUUGGGCAAUAGGUGAUUAAAGUGGCUUUCACUUUAAAAUGAAUGCAGGUAAUAAAGGUUAUACUUUUUAUCAGAAGAAUUUCAGGGAACCCAGGCUUAAUGGAGCCAACUAUCUUUUACAGAUAUUAAAAGUUGAGAAAACUUUGGAGAACUCUUUUCAGUGCAUUUUCAACAUCAAUUUUUUUGGUAGACUAAAGUACCAGAUCAAAAUUGUUACUUAUUUCAAAAAUAUUAGUUAUGUAUGAAAUUAGCUUAGAAAUCUAAAUCUCUGUCUCUUUAUAUAUGCCAUAUCAUUCACAAUGGAAUAUACAAAAAUCUAAAUGUAUUGCUAGUGAGAAUUAUACGGAUUUCUGCCCUCAGCUUCAAAUAAAGUAAAUUGAAAUUGGAAUAAUAUUAUUAUGUUGUCUUGAUAUAUUUAUAAAUACAUAGUUUUCUUUUAUUUUUAAAUAAUUUACCAGGAAUCAAGUCUUUACUGUUCAAAUAUUUCAGACAAUAUCCUCAGACACAUUUUUAGCACACAGGUAAAACUUUUAGAACCAAUUUUUUUAAAUUUUAUAGUUUCUUCAUUAAUUGAAACUGAGUAAUGGAAAAUAAAAAUCUCAGUUUAGUUAAAUUAAGGAGAAGUUGCUUAACAUUUAAAUGUGCCAUCAAAUGUCAAUUAUAAGCAAUCAAAUGGCCGCUAUGUGUUUUUAUUGUGAUUGAUGUAGCUGGAAAUCAUUUUAAGAUUUUGAUAAACACCUUUGGUUGAAGAAAUUCCUUAAACGUUCAACACAGACUUUCUAAUAUUACUUAUUAGGGUCUAUACUUAUAAAUUUCCAAGCUAUGCAAUCUCCCAGAGGUACAAUAUUGAAAUGUGGUUUAACUUAUAUAUAUAAGGGAAAUGUAUUUAAGGCUAUAAAUAUACAGAUCUACUGGGAAAAGGUUUUAGAUUGUUUCUUAACCUAGACCUCCAAACGUGUUUGGGGGCCUCAUCAUAUUAAUAACUUUUGAUGUUUCAGUUUUUGACUGAAUAGCUCAAAUAUUGAUGAUUGAGAACAUAUUUCAGUGGAACGUGGGAAAAAUUAAUAGUGAAGAGGGACCUGUUUUAAGAGUGUUUCUCUAUAAUUUGAUGAAUGCAAAGCUAAUGCCAUGCAUAAACACUUUUACUUACAAAGUGCUUGAAACGGUCAGCCAAGGAGAGACAAGUAAUUUUAUGCUAUCCUACACUUUGCUGGCCGUCAGCAGGACAGAAUAUGCCCAUCUGCAUGUUAAGACACAAAAAUCUCACAGUGUCAUUGCCAUAUACUUCAGGGUGAUAAUGCAGGAAUUUGUCCAUUCUAUCUUUCUAGCAAAUUCUGAAGAACAAAAUUCUUGUGCUUAUCUAGGAAUCUGAACAGUAUCUGAACAAGCAAUCCAGUUAGGUACUUUUCAGGAAUUUGAGUUUCCUAGUGGUUUCUCACAGAUUUGACUGUAUUUAGUUUACAUCUGUAUAAUCAUCUUUUCUGCCUUAUUUUGUUGUGAUUUAUUUUGUUUGUUUUGUAUCAGCGUGCUAAAACUAGUUAAAACACUGCAAUUAGUUUGUGCAAAGUGAACAAAUUAAGAAAGUGUCAGUCAACGACAUGACGGCUAAUGUUUCCUGGAUAGGGCCACAUGAAUUUGAACUAAUGAUACUGAAAAAUUUCAGAUGACUAAAAAGCCAAUUGCGCAUGUUUACUGUUGUUAUACUUGUGCUACAUUGCAAAAAUAGAGAAAUCAUAAUGAAGAAAAAUUAUUUUUGUGUUUUCUCCAUUUAAAUAUUCUGUUUUCACAUUCAUUAGAUGUUCUAUGUAAAGAAUUGGAGAUAUUUCUUUAUAUAUAUAUGCUGUUAACUUUCUUGCCACUCAUAUGGAGUAAUUAUCUGAAAUCAAUAGAUAAUUUGGAAAUAACUGUAAGCAGACUAUUUCAAGUGUAUUGUUUCAGUUCUUUGAACAAUCUUUACCUCGUGUCCUUGAAAUCUAUGUCAUUGAAGAGCAAGGCAUUACUGUGAUAAAUCUUUUUUUAUUUUAACAUUUUAAUGGAAUGCUCCAGAUUAUGCUAUUUGUAAAAAUUUCCAAAUAAGAAAUGGCUUGUAGUAAAUUGAAAAAUAUGAGUAGAAUUGAAGUAAUUCAUUUCUUAUUUUCUGUUAUUCUUCUAGACUAAAUAUAUCAGUAUAACUGUGCAUAUGUUUUUAGCGUCUGAGAAUACUUCUGAGUGUUAGUAUAAAAUGUCAUAAGUUCACUGAAUAUAAAUACUGUUAAGAUAAUCUGAACCCUAUGCUAAACUAAGAGGCAAAGAGUCCACAAAAAACAUUACUAUUUCUUAUUAGAUUAUGUGCAGUUAAAUAAUGACAACUAAAACCUACAAUAUGAAAUUAAUAUCAGAAUUUUAAUGCACAAUUUGUUUCAAAAAGUAGCAUAAAUUGUCAACAUAUGUUACUAUGAUUUGCAAAGGAAUUUAAUUAAGAAUUGUGAUUUCUACAGAUUUAUUUAUUAUUUUGGGGGGUAAAAUACAUUGCCAUUCUAUUAAUAUGCCCAUCUAAUACCAAUAUAAUAUUCUUUAAAAUUUGUUUUAUUUUUAAUAUUAAUACCUAUGAAAAGUUUUUCAAAAGCUGUUUGAUCCAAUAAAAUUCUAAUGAAUUUUAGUCUGUGAAUUAAGCAUUUAUAUAAAUGCAAAGAUAUUAUGAAUCAAAUUAUUUAUUUCAGUACCAAAAAUUACUUAUAACUUUGUAAUCAUAUGUUUAUUUCAUGCUUCUUAUUUUAAAUAAUUAAGAUGUAUUUGUGCCUUUGAAUUAUCAUGACACUCUGUUUCACUAAAAAUACUACUACUGUCAUUAUUAAUAACAUAUCUUGCUUAUACCUGAGACAUUCCCGUGAUACCACUUUAACUUGACUAUAAAUCCAAAUAUAAUUAAUUGUCACGUAAUUUAUUUUCAUUUAUAACAACACUAUUCUUUUCACAUAUGCCUGAAAUACUUUAAUUUGUUCUGUAUUGUUCUUCUAGACAAUAAGUACAUUCUAGAUAUUGUUUAAAUUGAGUUGUGAGACAGUUGUAAAAAAAAGAUGCAAAUGGUUUUUAAAAAUAAGAUAAAUUGAAUGGAGUCACUUUAUUAGUCCUGUUAAAAUACUUCUGAUUUGAUUUUGGAAAGUAGGAAGAACAUGUUCAGAUAGAUUUGGGAACACAGAUCAUCCUUGUGAUGAAGAAGUUAUUCACUGAUGAAAAUAUCUGCAACUGAAGUGGCAGGAAAAAUAUUCUCCAUUUCAUAACUUAAGAAUAUUACCAUAUAAUAUUAUAAUUAUUUAUGAAAUUAUCCAUGUUCUUUUUCAUGGAAAAUAAAGUAAAUGCUCUAUUUGAAUUCCUCUUGGAGUUCUUUUUCAUGGUCAUAUCCAGAGUUCUUAUUCAACAAACUUUAUAAGAAGGUGAAAAUACUUUUUAAAUGAGACUGUUAACAUUGCUUAUCUCUACAGAGAAAAGAUUUACAUCUUCUUAUUAACCAUUUGGAGCAUUCUCACAUAGACUCACAAAUUGAAAGUGCAUGUGGGUGUACUGACAUACGUUAAAAUUAAAAUGUGUAAAGCAAAGAAAUGAAACACUCCAAUUACAAAAUGAAAAUCUUUCAAGGAAUUGUUCUCUACAUAGGCUUAAAGAUGUUCCAAGAUGAAAUAAUUUUAGAUGUAAAUGAGAAAAUUAUAAAAGGGCCUAAACAUAAUAAUUGCUGAAUAGAUACAUUUUUCUUCCAGGUUCUUUAAACCUUCCUUUUUAAGAACUUGCAUUUACCCAUGUAGAUGCAACUAUUUAACAAGAUUGUACAAGUAUACUUCUAGAUUAUUGCCCCCAUAUUAUAGUCAGAGACUUUUAUAUUAUAUAAAAUAAUAAAUAUUUAUUUGAAAAUAUGUUUAAUAUUCUUAGAAAAAAUUCAUUAUACACUCUCAGACUUUACCAAUAAUUUAAACCUUUUUGUGUCACAUCACAUUUUUUUUAACAAUUUUCAGAUUUCUUAUCACAAAUUGGUCAAGAUUAUAAUUAUAAAAAUUAAAAAUAAAAUUUAGAUACUGUAACUUUACUUUCCUCUUCUGAUAUGACAAUACAUAUCUUUAGGCAUCUAGUUUUAUCCUUCUAUGGAAAAGAGCAGUGGGUGUUGGAGCAAAUCAAUACCCACCAGGCAGAAAAAUAGAGGAACAAAGAAAUAAAAGGAAAUGGGAGGACAGAAAUGGCAAACAGCUUCUACUCUUGAAAUAGGAAGUAUAGGACUGUGCGACAUGCUGUACUAGGGAGUAGGAACUUGGCUUACAUGAAAAUUACAGCCAAUAAUACUUACGCAGAGAAGAUACCCUAGUGAAAACUAGAAGAGAAAGCUCACAGAGAUACAGAUUAUGAUUAAAUUUACAAAUAAGAUUUUUCUACUCUAGAAAAAUGUAAUCAUAUUAUAAAAUAAAUGUUACUGUCAAGAUCAAAUGUAACUGUUCCAACUCUCAAGGAAAUGUUCAUGGUUUAAACUUUGCCUCUAAUCCCUGUUAGAAAUAGGAGAACUUAGAAAUAAAAGUUAAGAAAAAUCACUUUUUGGUAUGUGAAUUCUAUUCUGUGUUCAGUAUGCGUUAAAACAUACUGUCAUUUAUUUUCUUUAACUUAUAUAUUUCAUUCAAGUUCUAUAUUCUUAAAUUAGCUACCAUGAAGUUUCUUUUAUAGUUUUAUUACAGUAUGUCCCUAUGAAAUGCUGUAUAUAUAUGUCUAAACUGUAAAAAUUAUACUGCAAAUGUUGAAGUUUUGUAUUUAUGAGUCAUUGAAAGUAUGGCUUACAGUAUAUCAAAAUUGUCACUCUUCACCAUUUGUAUAUUAAUAGUAAAAAUACUUUUACUUUAA